AUGCCAUCGACCAGGAACGUGACGGACAAACGCUUCGACGUCGUCGUCUAUGGCGCCACUGGCUUCACCGGAUCGCUAGUGGCUCGAUACGUGGCUGCAGAAUCCGAGUCGGCAGUCGGCAACCCGUCGGCUAUCAAGUGGGCGCUGGCUGCUCGAAGCGCAACUAAACUGACGCAAGUGAAGGAGCAGCUCAAGACGGAGCUGCCAGAGGUGGACCCCGCACUGAUUGAUGCGAUUCCAGUGGUUGUCGCUGACAGCAGCAAUGAAGAAUCGCUCGUCCAGAUGGUGCAGCAGACGAAGGUGGUCGUGUCGCUCGUGGGUCCGUACAAACUCUACGGCGAGUUGCUGAUCAAAGCGUGUGCGGAGAACGGGGGUGCACUACUGUGA